UCCCAGUAGCCCCUCGUGCAGCGAGGACCAUCUCCGCUUUGUUGAUGCGAGAUUAAAGUGGUGCGAGCAGGAGAGUAGUGUGCUGUUGUAGUUUGUUAGAGAGGAGAGAGCUCAUCUGAUUUACAUGAACGUGACUGUAGUGACAGCGUGGAGCGUCUCCAAACCAAACUGCGGCUUGGUCUCAAGUCUGUGAGAAUAAACAGGGUUUAUCGGGAGUGAGGGGUCGAGUUAAGAAGUCGCGAAUGUUUUGCCGAAAUCAGACAGCGAGAGCGACUAUCGCUCGGGGCUCCGCGCUGGAGAUGGAGAUCCGCCGUGGAAAGUUCAGACAAAGUGUUUUCAUGGAAACCCCGCAGGACAGCGACAUCCAGAAGAAGAUCGACUAUGAGAUCCGGAUGCGCGAGGGUGCUUGUAAACUGCUGGCCGCAUGUUCUCAGAGGGACCAGGCACUGGAGGCCUCCAAGAGUCUCCUCACCUGUAACGCCCGCAUCAUGGCCUACAUGUCAGAGCUGCAGCGCAUGAAGGAGGCACAAGUCAUGCAACGGGUCGCACGCAGGUCUUCUGAUGCAGGUCCAAUGGAUGACCGAUCCCCAUGUAAAAGCAAAGUAGCCAUUUCAGAUCUACGGAUACCUCUAAUGUGGAAAGACACAGAGUAUUUUAAGAAUAAAGGAGAGCUGCAUCGGUGCGCUGUGUUCUGUCUGCUUCAGUUGGGUGGAGAGAUCUUUGACACAGACAUGGUGAUGGUGGACAGGACGCUGACAGAUAUCUGCUUUGACAACACAAUUGUCUUUAAUGAGGCCUGUCCAGGGUUCCAGCUGCGGGUGGAGCUGUAUAGCUGUUGUUCAGAGGAGGACUACUCAGCAGGCAGCACACCGCGGAAGCUGGCCAGCAAGCUGAGCUCAUCUCUGGGAAGGUCAGCGGGAAAGAAAAUGAGGGCGGCCUUGGAGCCCGGAGCCUGCAGCCCCACUAGCAAUGGAGGAGGAGCGACAAUCCUGCUGCCUGUGCCCUCUGCACCGGGCCCCAAAUAUCAUCUUUUGGCUCACACAACCCUCAAUGUCUCUCACGUCCAGGAUAGCUUCCGCACACAUGACCUCACCAUCACAGGAAAUGAGGAGUGUUCGUACUGGCUGCCUCUCUAUGGCGGUGUAUGUUGUCGUCUGGCUGCUCAACCUCACUGUAUGACACAACAGAUGAUGAGUGGCUGUCUGAGGGUAAAGCUUGGAGGUGAGCCACAAGGAUGGACAAAUGUCUACGGUGUUUUAAAAGGAACGAAUCUCUUCUGUUAUCAUCAAAAAGAGGACAUGGAGGCCAACGUGGAGCCUGUCUUAACUAUUGGGAUUAACAAAAUAAACACUCAUUCCCUUGCCCUCCCCACAACCCUGCAUUUGUUGGCCCCUCGUGUGUUUUGCUGGCUUCCCCCUCCUCAGUGGCCCCUGCAUCAGGAGAGGGGCUUUUGCUGCAGGAUAACGCUGUCUCUGCUGAGAUCCGAGCUCUGCUCUCCUCCUAUUACAAUGACAGUUAUUGACACGUCUGAUGACAUCGGAACGGUCACUGACAUCCUGGCCCAUCGUAUUGAAGAGUUUGAGCUAAGGGCCCAGCUCGGAUCUCCGCCACACUGGAUGGCCUUGUUUGAUGAAGAUCCCCCGAGAUCCCCUCACACCCAUCAGCACCUGCCGCCCCACUCGCCCAGUCCUCGCCUGCACAGCCGCCAGCCCCGCAGCCCACGCUGCCACCGCACACCCGGCCUUCUCUCCUCCAAAGCCAGCCUGACCUCAGACAGCGACAGUCCCGCCAGCGUCAGCCCCUGUUUCCGCCAGGCAUGGUCCCCUGACGCCACUUCCUCCUCGGGUCGCUUCCGCCCCCGUACCCUCUCCCUGGACGCCAAGCUCUCCACUCUGCGCGGUCGGGGCUACAGUGGCUUCCGGUGCAACUGCCAGCCGCCCACCGCCUGCUCUGUGUCUCCUCGCCCCGCUCAGACUGCUCUGUCCUGCUCCAGUUCCACUUCCAGCAGCAGCUCCAGCGAGGGAAGCAACAGUCAAGAGUCAGACCUGGGCUUCUCUAGACCGUCUGGCGCACGCCGCAGCUUGAGGAACCUGAGAGCUAAGCUAGACCCCAGGAACUGGCUGCAGAGUCAGGUGUAGCGGUCACACUUCCUCCGAUUACUGUCAGAGCCAUCACAACUUCCUGUGUCCCCCUGGAAAAAACUGCAAUACCUGAGGUCAUGUAUGCUCAAUGUCUGUCAUUGCGUUCUCUUUACAUAAUAAGAUCAACAUGAAAAAUGAACUUUUUCUUCUGCCUUUUAAAGGAGCCUCAGCAAUGGGAAUUCAGUACUAUAAGUUAUAUAAUACACUACUAAUACAUAGCAUUACACAUGGUCUCUUCAUGAAAAGCUGAUUAUUUUGGAGAGUGUAGAUGUUUUAUGUGAGACAGACUCCUGGUAAAGUGAUUUUAAACUGGAUUGAAGCAGUUGUCCUGGUGUUGUAAGUACUUUUUGGCCAGUCGUUGUGUCUGUGUGCGCUGUUUUAGAUAUGUGCUUUAGAAAGUAUUCAUCAUCACUCACAUUGAGGCUGGCAAAUACACUACCGUUCAAACGUUUGCUGUCGGUUAGAUCUUUAAAGUCGCGUAUGCUCAUCAAGGCUGCAUUAAUUUGAUCAAAAAUGUCAAAAAAUGUAUCA